CGCGCCGCUUCGGAUGGCGCAUGCACAGUUCCUCCAGCAGCCCGUGGCGGCGGAAACAUGGCGGACCGACUCACGCAGUUGCAGGAUGCGGUGAACUCGCUUGCAGAUCAGUUUUGUAAUGCGAUUGGCGUUUUACAGCAGUGUGGCCCUCCUGCCUCUUUCAGUAACAUACAGACCUCGAUUAACAAAGAUCAACCAGCUAAUCCCACAGAAGAAUAUGCCCAGCUUUUUGCAGCAUUGAUUGCACGAACAGCAAAAGACAUCGAUGUUUUGAUAGAUUCCUUACCCAGUGAAGAAUCCACGGCUGCCUUACAGGCUGCCAGCUUGUAUAAAUUAGAGGAAGAAAACCACGAAGCUGCCACGUGCCUGGAGGAUGCCGUGUACCGUGGGGACAUGCUUCUGGAGAAGAUCCAGAGUGCACUGGCCGACAUUGCCCAGUCCCAGCUGAGGACGAGGAGCUGCACCCACAACCCGUCUCUUGCAGAGUCUUAGUGUUGAUGUGGUGUGGCCUG